GCCAGUUAUCAAUCGGUCUGGUUGCCAUCAUCUUGGUUUACUUGAUGUUUAACUGCAGCCCAGCUUUUGCACUUUCUUCUUUCACCUUGGUUAGAAGGCUCCUCGCUUUCAGCCAUCAAAGUGGUAUCAUCUGCAUAUCUAAGAUUGUUAAUAUUUCUUCCAGCAAUUUUAACUCCAGCCUUGGAUUCAUCAAGCCCUAUAAGGGUGGCCCUUAUAGUCUCUUUCAAAUCUAUAAUUCUGUGAAAACCCUAUCAAAUUAAUAGAUUAUAAGUCUAGUCUUGACUUGAAGGCAAGCCUACCGGUAGGAGGAUUGAAAAGGAAUACCAGGCGCUGCAGGGUAUAUUUCAGAGGAAACAACUGGCAAAACCACCUUUUGUCUAAGAAAACCCUAUAAAAAACCAUGCACCCGUGUGCGAAGGCGCACGCAUAUGAUGCAAAGGCAGAAGGCAACAAGAAAGAAAUUGUGCCCGUUUCCAAAAUGGCUGCCUGAGCAUCAGGUUCGACGAACAGCCGCUUCCCCUUUGUCUUAGCGGCUGCCCUGUCCCUGGAGAGCUUCAAACCGGAAGUGUGCUCGCAUUAUCUCAGUCCCCCAGGAAGAAACUUCCGGUUGUCUAGCUGGAGCCUUUUUCUGGCUUAUGUACUGGCCGGGGAGAUGUCGGACACAUGGAGCUCGAUCCAGGCUCACAAGAAGCAGCUGGACUCGCUGCGGGAGCGGCUGCAGCGGAGACGGAAGCAAGAACCACUGGACCUCAGGAAUCCAGAGCUGGCCCUCAGCCCUCCUUUCCGCAGUGACAGCCCGGUCCCUUCGUCUGUCACACCCAGCACUGCCACCGAAUCUGGGGAUCUUGUGACAGACCCUGAGCUUGAGAAGAAACUCCUCCAUCACCUUUCAGAUCUGGGACUGGCGUUGCCCACAGAUGCCUUGUCCAUCUGCCUUGCCAUUUCAACGCCUGAGGCCCCUGCCACCCAGAGGAGUGUGGAAAGCCUGCUGCAGAAAUUUGCUGCCCAGGAACUGAUAGAGGUGAAACGAGGCCUCCUGCAGGAAGAUGACCAGCCCAUGCUGGUCACCUAUGCUGACCACUCUAAACUCUCUGCCAUGAUGGGUGCAGUGACUGAGAAGAAGGGAACAGGGGAAGGUGCCGGGGCUGGAGCGGUGAAGAGGAGAGCAGAGCAAGACACCGGAGCCUCCAUCUCCACAGCAGGGGCCUCGCCUUCCAUCUCGACUCUCUCGGAGCCACUCCGAGAGCCUCCCAAGAAAUCACGCAAGCAAGCCUCAGAUCUGGACCUGGAGAUCGAGAGCCUGCUGAGCCAGCAGUCCACGAAGGAGCAGCAGAGCAAAAAGGUGAGUCAAGAGAUCCUGGAGCUGCUGAACACGACGACAGCCAAAGAACAGUCCAUUGUGGAGAAGUUCCGCUCACGAGGCCGGGCCCAGGUGCAAGAGUUCUGCGACUAUGGAACCAAGGAAGAGUGCAUGAAGGCCAAUGAUGCUGAGCGGCCCUGUCGGAAGCUUCACUUUCGACGCAUCAUAAACAAGCACACAGAUGAGUCGUUGGGGGACUGUUCUUUCCUGAACACUUGUUUCCACAUGGACACCUGCAAAUAUGUGCACUAUGAAAUCGAUGCCUGUGCUGACUUAGAUGCUCCCUGCGGACGGGAACUCAGCUCGGGUCAAGAACUGGCUUUGCCUCAAGCAGUGGGGAGAGAUUCCAGUGUAGAUCGUCUCUUUCCCCCACAGUGGAUUUGCUGUGACAUUCGCUACCUGGACGUCAGCAUCUUGGGCAAGUUUGCUGUGGUGAUGGCCGACCCGCCCUGGGACAUUCACAUGGAACUUCCCUAUGGGACACUCACUGAUGAUGAGAUGAGGCGGCUAAACAUCCCAGUGUUACAGGAUGAAGGCUUUCUUUUUCUGUGGGUCACUGGCAGAGCCAUGGAACUGGGCAGAGAAUGUCUCAACCUUUGGGGGUAUGAACGGGUGGACGAAAUAAUCUGGGUGAAAACCAACCAGCUCCAGCGCAUUAUCCGAACAGGGCGCACAGGCCACUGGCUGAACCACGGCAAGGAGCAUUGCUUGGUUGGGGUUAAAGGAAACCCACAGGGCUUCAACCGGGGUCUUGAUUGUGACGUCAUUGUGGCAGAGGUUCGCUCAACCAGCCACAAACCAGAUGAGAUCUAUGGCAUGAUUGAACGCCUUUCACCAGGGACCCGGAAGAUUGAACUCUUUGGAAGGCCACACAAUGUGCAGCCCAACUGGAUCACCCUUGGCAACCAGCUUGAUGGAAUCCAUUUGUUGGACCCUGAUGUCGUGGCCCAGUUCAAACAGCGUUACCCUGAUGGGAUCAUCUCAAAACCUAAGAACAUGUAACUGAAGGCUGAGAAAACCUCUGGGCUUUGAACCACAACCUGUUAUGUUGAGAGGAAGAUAAAAAAGCCAAGGACUGUGUAUUCUGAUCUUUAGUUUUUUAAUAAAAUGGAUUCUUUCCCCCUAUAA